GACGUCCUCCCAUUCUCACUAUGCAUGCGCGGCUCAAGGAGCUCGCAGCGCCGCGAUCAGCGGUGCGCUGUGUCCCUCGGACACAGCGGAUCACCGAUCUCGGAAAGAGCCAAAGAUGUUGGCUCGGUCAUGUGAUCAGCUGUCUCCAAUCACAGCUGAUCACAUGGGACAUGUACACUGAUCAUCAGGGCACUGAUGAUCAGUGUAGCCCCAGCAGUGCCACCUGUCAAAGUCCAUCAGUGCCAGCUGUCAGUGCCGAUCAGUGUCACGUGCCAGUGCAUACCAGUGCACAUCAAUGCCACAUAUCAGUGCCCAUCUGAGCUGCCUUUCAGUGUCAUCCAUCAGUGCCAGUCAGUGCCACCUAUCAAUGCCGCCUAUCAGUGUGCAUCAGUGCCGCCUAUCAGUGUGCAUCAGUGCCACCUAUCAGUGCCAGUCAGUGCCGCCUAACAGUGCCAGUCAAUGCCGCCUAACAGUGCAAGUCAGUGCCGCCUAUCAGUGCCAGUCAGUGCCGCCUAUCAGUGCCAUAUAUCAAUGUCAUGUAUCAGUGCUGAAUAUCAGUGCCAUAUAUCAGUGUCAUGUAUCAGUGCUGCCUUUCAGU